AUGGCCACCGAAAAUACUCUCCCCGCCAACAACUACCCCGGCACGCUACAUACCCUACCAAACAAUGUCUUCGCCUUCGAACCGAGCAAACCUCUAGUCCGCUCCCUCGAUAUCAACACGCUAGUAUGGGUUGGAGGAAUGGGUGACACAGUCGGCUCUGUGGCGUACCCGUUCACGAUUGCACAAUCUCUGGGACCGAAGUGGAGUUUGGUGACAUGCUCGCUGCGUUCAGCAGGUCCGGCGUGGGGCGUGAGGAGUUUGGCAACAGAUGCAGAAGAUAUGGCGAGCAUAAUUUCACAUCUGAAAGAGCGGAGACCGGGAGGAAAGGUUGUGAUCAUGGGCCAUAGCACUGGAUGUCAAGAUUGCAUGGAGUAUACUGUGGGCACGGGAGCGGAUAAGAGACCGUCAGUGGAUGGGGUGAUAUUACAAGCACCUGUCUCUGAUCGAGAGGCUUUGGAGAAUGAGCUACCGCAGGCUUUCAAGCAUGAAGUGGAUCAGCUGGCAUUGAAGAUGUGUCAAGAAGGUCAAGACAAAGACGCAAUGCCGAAUAGGCUCACAGGGCCAGUGUUUGGCAGGGUUGCGAUCUCGGCGAGGCGUUGGGUCGAUGUCUCGUCUCCUGGACCUGAUCAUUCUGGGGCAGACGACUACUUCUCGAGCGAUCUGCCUGUCGAGAGACUGAAGGGAACAUUCGGCAAGCUUCCACCAAGCUCGCCGCUUCUGGUUCUCUACAGCGGUAGCGAUGCCAGUGUACCACAAGUCAAUGCCACCGCCCUUCUGGAGCAAUGGACUAGUUUAGUGAAGGAGAGUGGCGGUAACAUCGAUGACAAGAACGGCGGCAUUGUCGUUGGGGCGAGUCACAACCUCAACAACAACCCAGGUUCCGUAGUUCAGGACCUCGUCACCAGAGUGGUGAAGUUCAUCGAUCGAAUCGAUGGCGGCUUCGGUGGCAAUAGCUCAAGAAUAUGA